AUGGAAGCGGAGCGACCGGCGGAGAACAAGCGCAGCAGAAAACCCGCUCACCCCGUGAAGAGAGACGCGCGAGAGGAGAUGAAGAGCUUUGCGGAGACCACCGUGAAUGAGUUGUUGGGCUGGUACGGCUAUGAUUCAGUGGAUCUGCAGGACUCAGACGCCGCUGACGGCCCAAACCGUGUCAAACACAACCAUAUAUCUGUUCUCAAAGAGAACUCUGUGCCACAGCCACAGGAGAAGAAGCUGCCUUCCUCCUCCUCCUCCUCCUCCUCGCCGCGCAAACCCUCUGCUGACGAGCGGAUCGUGUGCGUCUGGUGUCAGAAGGAGGGCAUGAAGCGUUAUUCUCUGCUCAUGUACUCCGAGCUCAAGAGCUUCUGCAGCGAGAAGUGUUUCGCCGCGUGUCGACGCGCCUUCUUCAAACGCAACAAGGCUCGAGAUGAGGAUCGUCAUGGCGACCAGUCUCCGCCCCCUGGCCAGACUCUGGACACGCCCUCAAGACUUCUGCUGAAGAUGAACAACAACACGCGUGUGUGUGAUUGGUGUAAACACGCGCGUCACACUAAAGAAUACCUGGACUUCGGUUCGGGCGAGGAGCGAGAGUUCUGCAGCAGCAAGUGCCUAAACCAGUACAAGAUGGACGUGUUUUACCAGGAAGCUCGCGCCGCCCUCGCCGGCUCCGCCCACAAAGACGAGGAGCCCCGCCCCAAAACGGCUGUCACGGAAAACCAGAAACUGUUGACGCCGGAGGCCUGGGACAGACCGGCGAAAACCCUCUCGCCCCAAACGCCCAUCUCAGCGAGGAUUCAGACCAGCGCCUCGCCCUCUUCUCCGGAGAAGCCACGCCCACCACAGAUGCCCCUCCCCUUUGUUAUGCGAAGCCCCGCCCCUCACCUGCUCCGCCCCCUCCAGAGGGCUUCCUUUGCCCCGCCUCCUCUCCUCCAGCCUUGCCCCGCCCCCUACAUGCCCCUCCCCCCUGUGUACCCGCCCCAUUUAGCCCCACCCUGGCCACAGCCAAUGAUAUUAUCGCCCUAUCCAGUUUUUGUUCCAAUCCCGGUGCCGAUUCCCAUUCCCAUCCCUAUUCCCCCUCAAACGGGCCACAGAGGAGUCAUUCGAAGCCUUCAGGAGCAGGAAGACGAGCGUACGCCAGAUCAGGGUCACUCGGAGGAGACCACCAAGAAAGUAAAGAGCGAACGAUGCGCUUCUCCUCUCUCUUCGGUGAUUCAGUGUCUCCGAAAACACAAAGAGGAAACUCCAACGCACAGACCACUUUUUUACGCAUCUGUCGCUCCCAGAAUCGUCAGUCCCGCCUCUUUGUACUCAUUGGCUCGUUCGACCGCCAUACAAGCCACCUCGUUUUCAUUGGACAACGCUGGCUCCGCCCUGAUUCCGUCUCCUCUCUCCGAUUGCGAAGAUGUGAAGGAGAACAGCUGCUUGAGUGGGCGGGACGAUGGCUCGACCAAUCGUUGGUCGGCAGAGCAGACGGACUGCCGGAGCGACCAAUCGAAAGAGAGCAGGGGGGAGGAGGAAGCGCCGCAGGAUGUAGAGCACACCUACGCACGGUCCAUACCACCGAAACUACGCGAGAAGAACACACUGAUGGCCGCGCAAAUGCAUUUACACACGCAAACACAAAGCUGUGAGAAAAACACCGAUCUGGGAUCCGAGCCGAGCGGACGGGACGAUCCAGAGCCGCCAUUGAAGAGACGAUGCUUGAGAAUCAGAGACCAGAACAAAUGA